AUGAAAGGUUGGAGAGAUGCCUGCAAGCAAGAGAAUGCCAAAUCAGGAUUCAGGCGAAGUGGCCUCCUUCCUCUCGCCAGGUAUGCCAUUUCCAAAGACAAGCUGUAUGUAUCACAUGUCUACAGGGAAAUUGGGCAACGGAAGAGUUCGACUGCAACAGAUGCGGCCAUUCAAACAGACCCUGUUGCUAUUCAUCCCCUCUCAUGGACCUGUCAAGAUGUUGGUGUCCAAGUCCCAGAUGAAGAAGGAUCUGCAGUAACAGACUACGAAGUUGCCGCUGAUGAAGUCCUGUUACCUGUUGAAGGAACUAAAACAGGGGGAGAAGAAAAAUCAUCUCUGCUUGUAGACUUAGUUGUUGCUGACAGAAUCUUGGCGCCUGUCCAUGAAGUGCAAGCUCAGAAACUGGAAGCAGAUGGAUCUCUUCUACGAGACUUCAUAGUGGCUGCUGAUGGAAGAUUGAUACCUGUUUUCAAUACGGAAUCUACUUGCACCAAGGAUGAUCAAGUCACGGAAGUUCCUCCGAAUGUUGAGAAUAAAAAUAUCAUCAUCAACAUUCCUGGCACAUCAGCAGCAAGUAUCCACAAAACUGGUCUGCAAGUUUUCAGUCUGACGGAUGAUGAUGGCAUAGUGCAGGCCCUCAUCAGCGGCGGGGAACUAGAAGAUUCAGCAUCUCAAGCGAAACAGCUUUUGUCCAAUAGUCCCUUGCGAAAUGAGAAUAGCUCUCCUAAAACUACCGAAGCUCAGAGGGGUUUUCAAAUGCAGGACAAUACGGAGGUAAUAGAAAUCCUGGAGGGAUUCUUCGGGAGCCUUUCCUUCCAGAAGAUAUUUAUAAUCAAUACUGCAGUAAAGAAAGUGGAUCCAACAGCCAUGCGCAAUAUGAAACUGUUCCCCCAGCAUCUAUCUAUUCUCAAUGGUCGACUGGAGAACUUUCCAUUCCAUAUUCUUCAUGAAUUCCAAUAUCUCGAAGAUCUCCAGCUGACCGACAACUUUUUGACGUAUGUCCCGGAUUUCAAGAGCGACAACCUAAAAAUACUUCGUCUUGAUAGCAAUAAGAUCACGAAUGUGGAUUUCGUUGGUUUAGCGACUCCAAAAUUAAGAGAACUCUACCUUUACAACAAUUACUUGACCUCUGUCCCGUCCAUCAAGAGCGAAAGCCUAGAAAUACUUCGCCUCGAUAGCAAUGAGAUCAAGAGUGUGGAGUUCGAUGAGUGGGCGACUCCCAAUUUGAGAGAACUCUAUCUCUACAACAAUUACUUGAGCUCUGUCCCAGCUAUCAAAAGCGACAGCCUGGAAAUGCUUCGUCUUGAUAGCAAUAAGAUCAAGAGUGUUGAGUUCGAUGAGUGGGCGACUCCCAAACUAAAAACACUGCAACUCUUCAAUAAUUCGCUGACCACAUUUCCGGCCUUUGAGAGCGAAAGUCUGGAAUUACUGGGACUCAAUGAGAAUGAAAUCACGAGUCUGGAAUUCUAUGGAUCGGCGACUCCCAAUUUGAGAGAACUCUAUCUCUACAACAAUUACUUGAGCUCUGUCCCAGCUAUCAAAAGCGACAGCCUGGAAAUACUUCGUCUUGAUAGCAAUAAGAUCAAGAGUGUUGAGUUCGAUGAGUGGGCGACUCCCAAACUGAAAACACUGGAACUCUCCAAUAAUUCGUUGACCACAUUCAAGGCCUUUGAGAGCGAAAGCCUGGAGGUACUGGGCCUCAAUGACAAUAAAAUCACGAGUCUGGAAUUCGAUGUGUCGGCGACUCCCAAUUUGAGAGAACUCUUUCUCAACAACAAUUACUUGACCUCUGUCCCGUCCAUCAAGAGCGAAAGCCUAGAAAUACUUCGCCUCGAUAGCAAUAAGAUCAAGAGUGUUGAUUUCGAUGAGUGGGCGACUCCCAAACUGAAAACACUGGAACUCUCCAAUAAUUCGUUGACCACAUUCACGGCCUUUGAGAGCGAAAGCCUGGAGGUACUGGGCCUCAAUGACAAUAAAAUCACGAGUCUGGAAUUCGAUGGAUCGGCGACUCCCAAUUUGAUUGAACUCUAUCUCGACAACAAUUACUUGGUCUCCUUCCCCGCCCUCAAGAGCGACAGCCUGGAAAUACUCUAUCUCAAUGAAAAUAAAUUGAACAGUAUGGCGUUUGACCGAUUGGCAACUCCCAAAUUAAGGGAACUUCAUCUCGAUGGCAAUUUGUUGACCUUUGUUCCGGCCUUUGAGAGCGAAAGUCUGGAGUUUCUCUCUUUCCGUGACAAUAAGAUUUCGAGUGUGGAUUUCGACGGAUGGGUGAUUCCCAAAUUGAGAGAACUUUAUUUCUACAACAAUUCUUUGACCUUUGUUCCGACCUUCAAUAGCAACAGCCUAGAAAUACUAAGCCUUAGUUACAACAACCUCACGAGUGUGGAGUUAAGCGAAUGGGCGACUCCCAAAUUGAGAGAACUCUAUCUGCACAACAAUUACUUGACCUCUGUCUCGGCCUUGAACAGCGGCAGCUUAGAAAUACUCAGUCUCUGGAACAAUAAGUUUUCGAGUGUGGAGUUCAGCAGAUGGGCGACUCCGAAAUCGAGGGAAUUAGGCAUUGGUCUCAGACCAAAUACUGAGGUUAAUCUGACCAACAACGAAAUCGUAGUAUUGUCUGAGGAAACCUUCAGCCCACUGUUGGACAUUCUCUCUUCAGGAGAUGGAGUCCUCAUUCUAGACGCUGUCCUUUGGCAAAACAUGUAUGCUGCCAGAUCUUUCUUAAGGACAGACAAAUGCAACCGUGCCCUUCCACCCAUGUGUGCCUUCAUCGCUCAGAUAAAAGCAAGUGCAAUUCAGGAACUGAGAUCUCAAACGCAUCAUGCCCGGGAAAUGGAGUGUGCUGCAUCGUGA